UCUGGUUCACUUCUUGCCCAAGUUCUCCAAUCCCACAUCAAAUUACAUUAUAAGAGAAGUAGCCUUUUGCUGUGCGUUUUGGAGAACACACCUGUUUUUGGACAUUUACCAAAGGAGUUAGAGAUCACAACAUUAGACCACAGAAGGACCUGUGUAGAUCAACAUAAACAGUGGCCUGCAAUGACUCCCUCAGGAUGUUGAAUGGAGGACUGCUCUGUUCUUCACAAGACGACUAUAGCCAGAGUGUUGGGUGUUUGAUUGGGCUUUCCUCUCCUUGAAGACAAUAGUUGUCUGUUCUCACUGCCUUGCUUAUAAAGAGACUAUUUAUUGUGGCUCCAGUUACUCUAAAAGUCUUACAUCACUAUUUUGUAAUGUCCUGACUGUCUUUGACAUAAAAAAAAGUAAAUGUGAAUGAGAUUUCCAUUGUAUUUAAAAUAUCAAGCAUUCUUGAGAUUUCAGACCACAGCCACACCAUGACAGAAUCACUUGAUCUUUCGCUACUUGAUGUUAUUAUAAAAAAGCUUUCCUUACUACGCAGACAUCUUGCUGGAUGCAAUGUCAUGGACGUUAGUUUCUAUCAGUCUACCUCCUUGACAGCUUUUAGAUUGCAAAAAACAAUAGAACCAUCAGAUUUCACCCAGAAACUGAUGGGUUGGCCCAGAGCCAGAACACAAGUUCUUAAUGAGUGACGUGAAACAUGCACAGUAUUAUUAGAUUUACACAUAUUGGUUAGAGUUCAUUGGAAUUUGUUUCAUUUUGAUGUUAUGAAAUGCGGCUGAUCUGGAAAUAGUCUGUGAUAGUCUUAUGCAAAAUAAAUCCUUUAAAAGUACAACUGAUUAAUUUGCCAUACUCUAAAUUCAUGGGAAGGAUAAUGACCAUUCAGUUUUGUAUGAUAUUGUGUGAUUAACAUAACUGGUAAUCUAUUCAAGAUUCCCAUGCACACAACAGCUUUUAGGAUGUCCUGGGAACUUCAGGCGGUUGUCUGAUGGUCCUCUGGGUGUCCUUAGAACAUCUGUUUUCUGGGUCCGUAAAACAUCACAAUUUACACAGUUUACAAACCGUACCUUCUACAUGGGAGACAUGCUGUUUUUUUUUCUUAUGGGUUAUUUAACCUGAUGUUUCCGGUCAUUUAACUUGAUUCUGUACCAAAAAGGAGAGCAGGUGUUUUAUGUAGGAGAUCUCUCUGUUCACUAGGAGUAGUUUUUACUUUGAUUAACUAGCUGCACUUUUAAAUUGCACAGUUUUCAAAGGUGACAGUAGUUAGUUAACGCAUCAGUUAUUUAACAUGUGGCUUAUUUAACAAAUGUUCACUUUGUCCUCUAGUUGAAAUGGUGUUAAUCAGUAGUGGUGUUUGAUACAUGCUCUGCUCUGAUGGGUUUUUAUUGGUUGUACUUUAGUAAUGACCAAACAUUGUCCUAAAUUCAACCUUGUUAUGGGAGAUGGUAAUUUAACAUGCUACAUGGAAGGGGAAAAUAGGAAAGGUUAUUUUAUUUUACUUCUUGCUCUGACUCAACCUCUCUGUGCCUCCCGCCCUUGUUUUUUUUUUUUUUAUGGGAAGGGAUCAGUAGGUCCGACCCGUUUGCUCUGUUAAUCUAGCUCCUGUGUCCAUUUUGUUCUUAAGAGGGAAAGGUGUUACUUUAGGGAUACUAGAUACAAUUUCUGUCUCUUUGACGUUACAAGUUAUGGGUGGUAUUCAACAACUGGGGAACUCAGUGUACAGUGUGAAAGCGACAUGGCGUUCUAGUUUGUUCUUGGGCGGACAGGACGUGAAAGGAAACUGGAUACUAUGUGGAUUAUCACUGUUGCCACCGAGAAGAGGAAUAUAUCAGAAUUGCGUUUAUUUACAUAUGAAUCUGACAUGUGUAAUCGAGCUGCUACUGUAGUACCGUUGACAGAAUACACAUUUGACAAUUAUAUAGAAAUGAGUGGUGAGCUUAUGCAGAAGUGAAGAUUUCCAUUGUCUGUCUAUUUAUGUUUAGGAAGAUGAAAUUUUUUUGAAUGCAGUUGUUAAGGUUAGAGUUCAGAGGUGGCUUGAUGUGGUCAGACAGAUGGCUGCUUACUGAGCACUAGAGGGCGGUAAAAAACUGUCCAGGACACGCAAUAAUUCGGUCAUUAUUGUUGGCAGUGGUUAAUCUGCAGCAUGCUUAGCUUGUUUGGUUGUCUCUGGAGACGUUUUUCCCUUAUAAGCCUGAAGAGGAGUGCGGUCAGUCCAACCGUUCCCCUGACAUGUCAGCUAGCUCAUAUGGAGACAAUAGAACAUGCUAGCCAUCAUUGUUUUUGUUUUUCUCAAUUUCCCUUUCACACACAGCAAAAGGUCAUACAGAUGCUGAAAUGGCCAUGAAGCAGCUAGUUUGUGGGAACAGAUAGAACCCUUCAAUUCCAUGCAGCAGCCAAGAGAGAGGAUGAACAAAGCCUACAAUAAUGUGUCCUUUGAGCAGCUUACUGUAAAUACAGUGACCGGUUUGUUCCGGUUGGCUGUUUGCGGCUGUAGCUGAAUUACAGUCUCCGAUCUCCCUAGUAUGUCUUCUAGACUCUGGCCCAAAUGUGCGCACACGUCACUCACAACAAAGCGUCAGUAUUGAAACAACGAAGCGAUGACAGGAGACUGACAUGGAGCGUCAGACUCUCGGGAAAGGAACAUCUGAAGAAUGUCGCAGAUUGUGAGAGGAGUGACACUGAGGGGGCGGUUUUGUUUUUGAGGCACACACAACCCGAGGGGAGAAACGUACUGCGCAGUCCCUGGGGUCAGCGUGCCUGAAGGCAUAAAGCAGCAUUACUACUGAAUCAGCUUCAAACCCAAUGGUGCUUACAGAUGACCUCUGCUUCUAGGCAAACUGGAAUCAGUGGUCCACUAUUGUUUUGUGGUGAAUACAGCACUGUGAAACCAGGCCUUUAUGUAUUAAUCUUUACUGUUGUGUUUGCAACAUUUUUGCCGAUCACGUUUGUGGCUCUACCCUUAAGGCUACUGUGGUAUUUCAGUGAUUUACAUUUAAGUCAUUUAGCAGACUCUCUUAUCCUGCGCAAAUUACGAAGUUCAUACAUUUUCAUACUGCUCGUAGUACUGGCAGUGUGAAAUAUUUAGUGUUGUUUUUUGGCUGUCUUUAAAUGUCCAGUUAGUUAUCAACGCACAGAGAUCGGUAUUGUCAUGUUAAAAUAUGGCCUGUUUUUUUGUUUUUGAACACAGCUGCUUAUGUGCAGUAACACUGAAUUCAACCACGUUAUACAAGCACAUGGCAGUCUGUUACUUCAUAGGUAUAACACUGGGCAGAGGUUUGAGGCUGUUGUGGACAAGGUAGACUUACUGCAGGUGUGGGUGCCCACUUCUACCCUGUUCUCAGACAUCUUCGUUUAACCACUGCAGUUCUUGGCUUUAGAGCACAAAUGGUUCAAUGCCAGGCUAGCCCGCCACUGAGAUAGCCACCAUUAUCUGAAAUGUAGGCUGGGGCUUGAUGUUGGAUGCACAUUUGGGAACAUUCGCGGUUGAGUAACUUGGCAGUACAUUUCAGCGUGUUUGUUGUGGCUGGAUUUGUGGAUCCAGCGGGUAGGUUGGCGCCCACCUCACGAAGCGUUGACCUAGUUUGACUGGGCCUCCAGCCGGGGUUGACGAGACAGUUCCUGUCUUUCUAUGCUAUGCCACUGUGUUUUUACUGAAGGAGAGGACUGGUAAAACGAGGUGGCCUGAGGAGGCUUUCUCUGUGACGUCGUGCAGCCGAGCAGCUUGUGGGAUCUGGGCUGAGCAAAGAUUUAUGGCCCCCUGUCAGGUCUCUGCCGCCUGACUCAGCGGUAUGUGUUUGUGUGUCAGUCUGUCCCCCUCCAGUCAAUUCUGUUGAUUGAUAAGGAACAGCUGAGCAAGAGGGUGCUCUUCAGACCGGGGUUUUAGUAGUAUUUAAUCAUUUUCCACAUUCGCUGAAUGUGAGUUCCUUGAGUCGACGUGCCUGUCUGGAUUGCUGAAGAAAAACACAAAUGCUAUUUGAACCCAGGGCUGAUGCUGUUCCGCCUCUGGCUUCCUUUAGGCUUGGGUUGGUGGGGAGGCAGAGGAGGGACACAGUCUCUUACUUCCCGGGAGUGGGAGGUGGGAGUCAUCUGUGCCACAUGACCACAGCCACCCUACCCUCACCUCGGUUCAGCAGGAGCGCCGGGUGCCCUUAUCCAAUCAUGCCUGGAAUGCUGCUUGUCACUUGGGCUAUUUCUGCUGUCUGUAGCUAUCGCUAGACUCUCCAGUGCUAACAGUUUGGCAGAUGAGUGCUUUUUUUGCAUCUCUCUCUCUCUCUCUCUCUCUCUCUCUCUCUCUCUCUCUCUCUCUCUCUCUCUCUCUCUGGCCCCCCCUUUGCUUGGAGUUUGUAACUUGAGUUUUAAGCUCCCUGGCUGUGCCUCUCUUGUUAUUGUAGUGUGAGCCGUUGACUUGCUGUACCUUUUUCCUCUUGCUCUGCUGUUCACUGUGGGAGGGAAAGAGAGUGAGGGAGAGAAAAAGUCGAGUCAGAGGGGAAGGAAGAAAAAAGACCAGAAAGGGGAUCAGCCUGCUGGGAAGUAGGCGACCGGGUCCGACAGAGACAGAAAUUGCGGGACUCGAGAGACCCAGAAAGACUGAUCAGAACAGGAGCUGAAAAAUGUCUCACCGGCUUCGUCUGUACUUUGGCUCUGGCCGCAGCAACACAGCUCCAGAGAUGGAAGAGCUGGAAGGGCAGGCCCAGGACAGUAGCGAUGCCAUGACAUUCCACAUGCAGCAAGGGCAGCCUCACCGAACUCAGCGCUGGAGAAGCCAGGACCUGUCAAGCUUCUCUUGGCGUCCUGAAGGAGACUCUCCUGCCUUGAGGUGCUUCUCUGGGCCUCAACAACGGCCCGAGAGUGAGAUAUUUGGCCAGUGUCCCAUGUCUGAGGAACCCCUGUCUGUUCCUGAAAGUUUCAGAGACACUUCACUGAAGAGGAGCUCCUCAAUGUUCAUACCCCAGCUGACUCCGGCUGAGCCACGGACCACCAAAAGCUCCUCUAUGCAGAUCUCUCUCCAGCCAAGGUCCGGUGGAACCAGGCCUGCUGAGGAACCGCCGCCAUCAGGUCCGCCACCCGGCUACACACCUGGACCCGCUCCUGCCUACACUGAACCUGGAAGGAGUUAUAGGUAUGCUCCUGUGCCUCCACCCCCUUACAACAACCGAGACGCUCAGAAUUCUCACCCGACCGCUGAUCCUGAUCAACGGAAUCGUAGGGUGUUCUGCGUCACUCCCCAAGAUGACAGCUUAAACUCCAAUGGUCAUGUCAGCCCGGCCAUAUCUAAUGGAAAAGGAGGAGGCUGCCCAUCCGGAAUCAGCAUCGGAGGGUUCCACAUAUCAAGGAACUCCCUUGACGGAUCUGAAAUCCAGCAGUUCAGGAUUGGCUACGGCGCAGGCUGCCAAGGUGCUGGCCCUUGUCGCUGGUCCGUUCAGCAGCAAAACUCAGAACCAGGUCAUUGUAGCACCACUCAGAGGCUUGUCUUCCAGCUCGGGCAGCAGGACCAAGCCCAAAACAGGCAGACCAACAAUGUGAACGUCACCCCAAGCGAGGCCACCGAUCAGGGCUUCACUGGCUCUAGGGGAGGGCGUGUGGUGCAUUAUCCAAGGAUCCGGCUAGAGAGAAGCACUUCGCACCAACUGCUGCCUCAUGGGGACCACCAAAUGAUCAGUAAUGUUGAGGAUCCUCAGAACGGUGAAGUGUACCCUUCUGAGAUGGACAGUCAAAGGAUGGACGUUGAAGAUGGCUGCAUGUUUAAAAUCAGGAGGGAAACCCCUAAACGGCAGCCUCAUUUCAAGAUUUCGUUCAGUCAGAAUGGUGACCCCCCCACCGUACAAGAUAUAAGCUUGGGAAAUGUUCAGGCUCUGUUUGGCUCAGAUCGAUCCAAGAAUGGGACCAGAAUGGGACAGACAAGAGAUGAUUUCCUGGGACAGGUCGACGUGCCUCUCAAUCAUUUGCCGACGGAGGAUCCUACAAUGGAGAGGCCGUACACGUUUAAAGAUUUCCUCCUACGGCCACGAAGGUCAGUUCCAGACUACAGACGAAGCCACAAGUCCAGAGUAAAGGGUUAUCUGCGUCUGAAAAUGGCAUACCUGCCAAAGACAGGAGGUCCAGAGGAUGAGGCCUCAGAGGGGAUUACCAGAGAAGAGGCUGAGGGCUGGGAGGUGAACGACUCUGCCGACCCAAGUGUCCAGAGGCCCCAGGCGGUCCAGCCCCCGCUGCCCUCUGGAUGGGAGGAGAAGGUGGACAACCUGGGCAGAACCUACUAUGUGAACCACAACAACAGAUCUACACAGUGGAAACGGCCCAGCACUGUGGACGAUGUGUCAGAGGUGGAGAAUGACAAUCAGCAGCGUGCGAACAAUAUCCAGGCCCACAGGGUGUUCCGUUCCAGACGCCACAUCUCUGAGGACCUGGAGAAUGAGCAUGUAGAACCGAGAGAGAUGGACGACUCAUGGGAUCCAAUUUCUGAAGAGAGUCAAAGUGACCCGCUCCCAGGUCCCUCUUCCUAUAUGUCGACACCCAUCCCCCAAACGACGGCACUCCCACCCCACCAGGAGUUCUCAGAGGAGGUCAACCUCCGGCUGUCCCUCACCCCAACCUUCGUCCCCAGCCCCCACGGCCCCCCACCUGACAUCAACGGAGAGGUGGCCGGCCCAAGCAAUGUCUCUGCUGUGAGUCAUCUGUCCUCCCGACUGCGUUCUUCCAGUAUGACAGACGGGGUCAGCGACCAGGCCCAGCCUCCUCCUCCAGGGCAGAGCUCCCAGACCAGAAGAAACAGAGCUCAAACAGUCACAGGAGUUGAGGAACCAAUGCUGUCCUGCUUCUGCUGGCCCACUCCUUCUCUGUCCGCAGCCUAUGCCCUGACCACGCCUGGCCUGCCUCCGGGAUGGGAAGAGCGGAAGGACACGAAGGGACGCACAUAUUACGUCAACCAUAACAAUCGUUGCACCACCUGGACCAAGCCUAUUCUACAGCACACCGAAGACGGGCCAAGCACCUCUGGGGCCGUGGCCACUUCCCCCUCCACCUCCUCCACAACCAUCAACAGCCACCUGACUGAACCCCAAAUACGUCGCGCCCGUAGCCUAAGCUCCCCAACUGUUACCCUGUCCACCCCCUUAGAGGGGGCUGCCAACAACUUAGCUGUGUGUCGAGCUGUGAAGGACACCCUCUCCAACCCUCAGACUCCCCAGCCCUCCCCUUACAGCUCCCCGAAGUCAGGACACAAGCCCCAGCAGAGCUUCCUGCCCCCAGGUUGGGAGAUGAGGAUAGCACCCAAUGGACGGCCCUUUUUCAUAGACCACAACAGCAGGCUUACCACAUGGGAGGACCCAAGGUUGAAGUACCCAGUUCACUUGAGAACCAAGUCAUCUAUGGACCCUGGUGAUCUGGGGCCUCUUCCUACCCUACAGAACCGCCCAGAGGAGCCCGGAUGGGAGGAACGAGUGCAUGCAGACGGCAGGACCUUCUACAUUGACCACAAUACCAAAGCCACGCAGUGGGAGGAUCCUCGUCUUCAGAGCCCCGCCAUCACUGGGCCUGCUGUGCCGUACUCCAGAGAAUUCAAACAGAAAUACGAUUACUUCAGAAAGAAGUUGAAGAAACCGGCGGACAUCCCCAACAGGUUUGAGAUGAAGUUGCACAGGACCAACAUCUUCGAGGAGUCGUACCGCCGCAUUAUGUCUCUGAAGAGGCCAGACAUUCUUAAGGCCCGCCUCUGGAUCGAGUUUGAGUCAGAGAAGGGGCUGGACUAUGGGGGCGUGGCCAGGGAAUGGUUCUUCCUGCUCUCCAAAGAGAUGUUUAACCCUUACUACGGACUAUUCGAAUACUCAGCCACAGAUAAUUACACACUACAGAUCAACCCUAACUCUGGUCUUUGUAACGAGGACCACCUUUCAUACUUCAAAUUCAUCGGCCGAGUGGCAGGGAUGGCCGUAUUCCAUGGGAAGCUAUUGGAUGGUUUCUUUAUCAGGCCGUUUUACAAGAUGAUGCUUGGAAAACAGAUCACAUUAAAAGACAUGGAAUCUGUGGACAGCGAAUACUACAACUCCUUGAAGUGGAUUUUGGAAAAUGAUCCUACUGAGCUGGACCUGCGGUUUUGUAUUGAUGAAGAUAACUUUGGACAGACAUACCAGGUGGAUUUGAAACCAAGUGGUGGUGAAACAGUGGUCACCAAUGACAACAAAUUGGAAUACAUUGACCUUGUCAUCCAGUGGCGGUUUGUGAAUCGGGUACAGAAACAGAUGAAUGCCUUCUUGGAGGGAUUCACUGAACUCAUUCUCAUCGACCUCAUUAAGAUAUUUGAUGAAAACGAGUUAGAGCUCUUGAUGUGUGGUCUGGGGGAUGUGGACGUGAAUGACUGGAGACAACACACUGUGUACAAGAACGGCUACUGCCCCAACCACCCCGUCAUCCAAUGGUUCUGGAAGGCCGUGCUGCUGAUGGAUGCAGAGAAGAGGAUUCGUCUGCUUCAGUUUGUCACCGGGACAUCCAGGGUCCCCAUGAACGGCUUUGCUGAGCUCUAUGGUUCCAAUGGGCCUCAGCUGUUUACCAUUGAACAGUGGGGAACACCUGACAAACUGCCUAGAGCACACACCUGCUUCAACAGGCUAGACCUGCCAACCUACGAGUCGUUUGACGACCUGCGCGAAAGGCUGUUGAUGGCUGUGGAGAACGCUCAAGGCUUCGAGGGGGUCGACUAAAACCCCUACCAUCUGUCUCGGCUGAACACGGCAUUUCAACAACAAUAACAAAACUGCCACAGAGCAUUAAAAAAAACAGCGGACUAAUUGUCAUUCAACAGCUGCAGACAGUGGCCGUAACAGGUUCAACCUGGCUGUGCUAGCAUAAUGUAUGCACAUUGAUCAACUGGCUACUUUGAGACUAUACAGUUUCAUACUACAGGGACAUGGCCUUAAGAGCCAUGACUUUCUUUCUGUCUGUCUUCUUUUAUGACAAGGUGCUGGAGGAACAGGGGCAGUGCAGCCGAUGCAAAAAGGUGCACCCCCUGUCCAAUCUGCAGUGCUGGAAUCUCAUAUCUGAUGCAUUUUGAAAUAUGAAUCUCCUGUUGUUGAAAUUUACACCCACCCAGUCUGUGCUGUGGAGGGCAUGGCCUUAAAACCGCUGGUUUCUGUUUCUGCAUUCUAUACAAGACGAUUUGAAGUCACUACACCUACCGUCUUCACAUUAACCUGCUGGAUCCUGCGUCAAAUCAUUAACGAAUCCUGAAUCGGUUUAUCACUCAACUCCUCAGCAGGUUACCUUAUUGCUACAUUACCAUGAUAACCAUAGAAAUGCCAACCGAUCAGAGAUUCACCAAGCCUAACCACAUCUUGAAUGCUCACCUGUCUCUCACUGUUCAACUACUAUACCUGCCUGGUCCCACCUACUUACCUACUGUGCAUUCCUAUCUGCCUGUUUGUAGAAUUCCAUCUUUUAGGAGGGAUGGAAGCAGUGGGAAAUUCCUCUCACUACAAGUACUCUUUUUUUAAAUCUUAUUUUGCAAGCCAAGAAGGAAUGGGGUCAUUUUUAUUCAAUUUUUAAUAUUGUUAUUAUUGUCGUUCUUACGUGUAUUUGUACUGAUGAUAAACAUUGUUUACUAUAUUGAAAAUUUAAGGAGGUUAAUGUGUGUUGAUGUGUAAAUCGGGCCCUUGGAAACAGUGAAUAUCCAUUUCAACCAGGGGAUUGCUUAUAUCGUAACACGGUUAUUGUAGUGCUAUGAAAACAAACGGCAUGAAAAUGUAUAUUGUGUUUGCGUUUGAUUACUUAGUAAUUGCAAGUAUAUUCUCCUUGGUUUCAACUAAAGAUCCUUCUUGUGAUGGGGUGUGGGGGCACCUUGUCGAUUAGUCUGGAAUGAGAGGUUUGCGUCACAAUUAUGAUAUCAAUGUGGUAAUGCCUAACCCUCCCUCUUCAUAAUGCUGUAAAUUAUUUCUCGAUUUUUUUUGUUGUUUUUUUAUA